AUGACGACGCGCUCGGAGAGGGAGAAGGCCCAGAAACUCAACGAGCAGCACCAGGCCAUCCUGUCCAAAAUGCUGAGGGAGGAAGACAACAAGUACUGCGCCGACUGCGAGGCGAAAGGUCCAAGAUGGGCAUCCUGGAAUCUGGGAGUGUUUAUCUGCAUCCGGUGUGCUGGCAUCCACAGGAACCUGGGAGUACACAUAUCCAGAGUUAAAUCAGUCAACCUGGACCAGUGGACCUCAGAUCAAAUUCAGAGUAUACAGGACAUGGGUAACACCAAGGCCAGGCAGCUUUAUGAGGCCAACCUUCCAGAAAGCUUCAGAAGACCUCAAACAGACCAAGCUGUGGAAUUCUUCAUCAGGGAUAAAUAUGAGAAGAAGAAAUACUACAGCAAGAAUGUGACCAAUGGGAGCAGUCCAAAAGAUGCUAAGAAAGAGAGGGAGCCAGACAGAGGGAGCAAGGUGCCAUCCUACACCAAGAUUGAAGAGUCCAGGCCAGUUCCCAAAAUCAGCCCUGCUAAGACUUCAGAACCUUCUGUGAACCUACUAGGUCUUGACGCACCAACAGCUGCAUCAACUAACAAUGGUAGCACGAGCACAGGCCAGAACAACAAUGACCUGGAUAUAUUUGGCCCCAUGGUGUCCAACCCCCUCCCCUCGUCCACAUCCACAGCUCCAUUUUCUCAGGUGAGCUCCAGUAACGUGGCCAGCACUCCGACACAAGCUCCAGCAGCAGGAGGUGGGGCCAGCUCAGGGUCUGGGCAGAGUGACCUCGACUUGUUCAGUGACAGCAGUAGCACCACUAAAACUGAGGACAUGGCCAAGAAGCCCCUGUCCAAGGACUCCAUCCUGUCCCUGUAUGGAACCAACAGCAUGUCCCAACAGGCCCCCACUGCUGGUAUGUUCAUGGGCCCCUCCCAGAUGCAGUUUCCUGUCCAGGCCACUGCUGGUUAUCAGGCCUUCCCUGGCAUGGGCACAGCCAUGCCACCUACAACUGUCAUGGGUGCCAUGAUGGCUCAGAGUGGGGCGGCCAUGAUGGGGCCGAGUCCGGGCAUGAUGGUUGGGAUGACGAUGCCUAACGGCUUCAUGGGGAAUGCGCCAGCAACUGGUGUGAUGGGCAUGGCGCCGAGGAUGAUGGGACCACAGGGUGGUGCGAUGCCUGCCGGCAUGGUGACUGCUCAGGGCAUGUACGCCAUCCAGCCUGGGCAGCAGGCUCAGUGGAACAUGGGUCAGGUGAAUCAGCAGAUGUCAGGGAUGACUCUGAAUGGUGCAGGUGGCCAGAUGGCCUUUGGUCAGCCUCCAACAGCUAUGGGUGGGUGGGCCGCAGCUGGAUCUGGCCAGACCCUGAGCACACAGUUAUGGAAAUGAGCCUUCAAGUGGGUUGAUGGUCGGGCAGAGUAAGAGUCAAGGUUGCAGAAAGUGCUUCUCUGCACCUCACUAUGAACUGAAGCCCAUUUCCAUCACGGACCAGCCUUCAGAACAUGAAAAUUAUAUCUUUUUUUCCCCUUCUCCUUCUCUCUGUCUCUCUUCUCUCUAUUGUGUGAGUGAAUUUGGGAGUCAUACAGGAUUACAGCCUGGCAGUUUCUGCCUGUCGUAUGGUUUUUGAUCAUAACUUUUAUUUUCCUUUUUUGGAAAAAAUUGCAAGGAAAUAACAGUCCCAACAAAAAUGAUAACGACAUAUCAGAAAAGCUGCAGGACCAGUUACACAAGCUUUUAUUGUAUCACUGUAUCAUUAUAAGAUUAUAGAACAUUUAAAUGAAUAGUAUUUAAAGGGAGAAGUCUGUCGGUACUGCUCCCAGAUGUACAGCGCUGUAUAACCUUUUAAAGUACUUGUGGUUCCCCUAUAAAAUAAAAAUGAUAAUAAAUGAC